AUGUAUUUCGCCAUACUCGCCUUUCUCAUGCUCGUCGUGGCGUAUGCUGCACCUUUGGAUUCUACAUCGCUUCCAGCACCCAGUACAAACAACUCGCCUAACAGCCACGUCGCAAGCAAUCCUGCCUCGAAACACACAGUGGCUCCUACUCUAUAUACGGACUCUUCCCCGCCGGGCACCAAGAAAGCCCGCUCCAUACCCAUGGUGAUGCAAGCCCGUGCACUUGAGACGCUCUCACACAGCCGGAUUGAGAAGAUACGCAGGUCGAUGAUUGAUAGGGACGAGGGCAGGGUAGAACAGAAGGCGAGUCCAAGUGCGCGCGCGCACAGGAGAGAGGAGCCUGGGGAAGAGCUAUUGGAAAAAACGGUUGAGAAGAUAAAAAGCGGGUGGAACUCGACGACCUCUGGGCAGGAAAACAAGGGCACUCCAGGAUCACAGAUUCAUCCAGGGGCAUCCUCAACUGGCGAUAGCGCCGUUCAGAAGGGCGCUACAACACUUCAGCACCGUACCCGAGACCAUAGUUCCGAUAACUCGGUGUAUCCACCCGUCUCUUCCAUUUCUUCACGCCAGCUUCGUGCACCUGAUUAUAGCUCUGCCGGAUCUCAGUCCAACUCUACCACCGAGGAGAAUGGCUCGCAGUCGACUAACGAUCAAGAGACGAAAGAGAAGCGCACACUUGACCCAAAUGGCACGGUUACGAAGAGGACGGCGCCCGUCGAGUGGUCGAAAAAUUGGUCCAAUGAUCAGGCGCCUACUGGGACUGAACGCGAGAGGGCUCCCUCGAAUGAUAACGCUGACCCGACUUUCAAGACCGCGCAGAGGGAUGCAAGAAGCCUGUUGGCUGCGAGAUCGGGCGACGAUAUCAAAGCACAGGGCGUAUCAGCUUGA